CCUUCAAAGGGCACUCAUCGCCCCUCACAGUAACCGUACAGGACUGACCUGCUCUAGCAGCUAAGCCACAACAAAACAACACACUGCAGGACAGUCUACCUCGUGCUUCUCAAUGGAUGAUUUUGAAUACAGUGUGCGCAUCUCAGAGCAAGACUGGGACUCAUUCUUCCUGGAAUGUGAGGAGUGUAACCUGCUGCCCCCAGUGUUGGCAGGCAUGGAGGACUCAGGAAUGAGUGACAUGGAUGAGAUUGCAAGCUACAGAGCACGGAGGGUUGCAGAGAGCAGCGUGCCUGACCCAGAGCUUCAGACCAGCAGUCCUGACCACGCAGAGUAUCCUGUGGAUCUUUACCUAAGCAGAUAUGGCGCAACCAGCCCAAUGCAAGUUCUCUCUGGCAGUGAAGAUGACUUACACAUGGAGACUGUUAAUGUGUUCUUUGAGAGGUUGAAAAGUGUAUCAGCCAGUGAAGAUCCGCUAACACAGAAGCAUCACGCAAGUGUGGUAGGCAAAAUGGCUGGUCAUUUAAUAGGGUCUGUUGAAGUAAGGAAUACUAAAGAGAUAGCUGUGAAUAGUCAGGCCAUACAGAGAAAUGAAUCCACACAGACAGAUGACUCCUAUACUAGUAGAUACAAUAAUCUGGCAGUUAAUGAAUUAGAAGUGGUUGCAGAGCUGUUUAUCAAAGAUAAGGACUGGUCACUGACCACGAUAAAAGAUAGGAUGAAAUGUGAUGAGGUGUUCAAAGAUACUAGGCCCAUAUCAGACACUGGGAAGACUUCAUGUUGUGCUCUAGUCAAAGGUAAAGAUCUGACAGGUCCAAAUCAGGAGAACUCUCAGCUAGUAACAGGAGGUAGUUCUGAAAAUUCAAAAGAACUGGUAAGUCAGAGUCCCUCCUCCAUUACCCCAAGAAGAAAGAGAAGGAAGAAAAAGAGAAUGAGCUGCGAACCAGCAGAUGCAGACCAUGGACACGAGGUCCAAUUCCAAGCCAAACAGAGUGAGUCUGAUGAUGACAUAUUUGUGCGAAGACAAGAAAUGGACAGAGUGAUACAUCCAUCUGCUGACUGUAGCUCAGGAACUGUUUCUGAGAUAGGCAACACAUCUCAUAUCUUAUUACCACCUCCUCCAAAGAUAGACAAUAUUUUAGAGAGUUUCCCAGUAUAUCCACAAUCACUCCCAGGGAAUGUAAUAGAUCCCACAGUGGCAUGUCCUGAUUCAGCAAUAAAUCGUCAAGAACGUCUCAAAUCUCCAAGCACAAUAACAGCUGCACAAAACAAAGGAACACUAGACUUCAUGCAUGGGAAGAGUGAUCUCACUGGAAAGCCAGCAUCAGCUGGACAAUUUUCCAUAGCAGUAAGUCUCACAUCUACUGAAAAUGGUGAGCCUGUUAAAAAGGCAGAGCCCCUAAUACUCCAAAGUAAUGAUUGCACAUUGGCAAUCAUUAACAGAGAUAAUGUGGGAAGUGAUUUACAACUAAACAGUCAUUUGCGUUUGGAAAUUAACACAGCACUAAAAGGAUCUGAAGCCUUGCCAGCAUCUCUCACCACCUGUGAUGAAGUAGAGGAAGUAUUACAGAUUGCUAGAAAACCUGGAAGCACUGAAAAGCCUCUGUUACUGUUCAGAGAGAUGAAUGAAGAUUACAUAUCUUCAUCUUCAAUAUUGCAUCACACAGGCAACGCUCAAGUGAGCAGUACAGCAUUAUUGCCAACAGUGCUCCUGCCAUCAGAACCUGCAGUCUGCUCAAAGGUAUUCAACAAUCCUCAUGAUCAGUAUCAAGUUGGAGAUAUGGUGGCCUUGCCAGACACUCAAAGUGCAGUUAGUCAGAGGAAAACCUCAACAUCAGAUAACAUUUCCUGUGUAUCAUCUCCUGAGAUAAGAGAAAAGAUGGCUCUGUCAGCAUGUUAUGAUAAAGCUGAAACGAAACAAAAUUUAACUAGUGUGACUCACGAGGAAGUCCCUCCAGCACAAAGAAAUGGUCAUGACUUUGUAAGAAACGACAGUCUGUCAGGGACAUUUGAUUCCAAGCUAGCAACACAAUCUCAUCUUGUUAAAAUGGGGAAAGCCCAAAAAAGUCUUGAGAAUGCACAAAUGCUGGCAAGUCUAAGUGCUGAUGUAAUCAAAAGUGCUUAUUCAACUGAAACAAAAACAGAAGUCGCUGUCAUGUCAAAUGAGUGUGUGAAUGGCAGACUUACCUUGCAUUCACAAAGUGAAGACUGGGAAAAAGCAAUCUCCUUAUCCUUAAGGCCAAAGGACAUAGCAGAAUCUCCUGCUGCUGAAGAUAUAAAUGAAAGGCGGUCCCUCAAAGAGUCCAGGAAGUGUCAGCCUUUGAUAAAAAUCACCAACCCAGAGAGUCAAAUUAACGAGAACUCAAUAUUAUCUGCUUUUUCUACAACAGGUCAACAGAGCUACAAAGUGCACCAUUGUCCAUCCAAAGAUCAGAAGUUGUCACCUGGUACAUUGAUGCAAGGUAUGGAAUGUCCUAUUCAUGAGUCAGCACAAGGAGCCAAAAGCAUCGAAACUGGAAAUGACAUGCUUUCCUUCCAUUUGCAAUGUAAAGAUUUGACAGAAGGGGUCUCCUCAUUUAUAAGAUCAAAGGACAUAACAUAUUUACCUCAAAGUGAGAAAGAUAUGAAUGUGGAAAAAGUAGAAAUACUGUCUUCUGCUGCUGAAAACAGAAAUGAAAGCCUGGAGCACAGAAAGAGCCAACUUGAAGAGAAUGCAAGAUUACAGCAAAUCUCUCCAAUCACUGGUGUUGAGAAGAAAAGUGGUGAGUGUUAUUUAUCCCCUUUUUGUCCAGCCAAAGAUCAUGAGUUGCCACCAAGUGAAAUUUCUCAGGGUACAGCAUCUCCUACUCCUGAGUCAAUGGAUGGAGUAGAAUACAUUUCAACUAAUAUUAGUGCCACUGAGGAUAAGGAGAAAAGUAAAGUCCAAGAUGCACCACCAAAUUUUACAUCCAAAGACCAUGAGUUGCCACCGAGUGAAACUACACAGCGUAUGGCAUCUUCCACUCUUAAGACAAUAGAUGGAACAGAAUACAUUUCAUCUAAUGUCAUUGUCACUAGUGAUGAAGAGAAAAGUAAAGUCCAGGGUGUAACACGAAAGUUUCCAUUCAAAGACCAUGAGUUGCAACCAAGUGCACUAUCACAAGGUACGGAUUCUUCUACUCCUGAGUCAAACAAUGGAGCAAAGCACAUGUCAUUUAAAGUUAUUGUCUCUGGUGAUGAAGAGAACCAUGUGAACUAUGUACCCCCUCAUUGUCCAUCCAAAGAUCAUGAGCAGUCACCUAGUGCAGUUACACAGGGUGCAGCAUCUUAUAUUUCUGAGUCAAUAGAUGGAACAAAGCACAUCUCAACUAAAAUUAUUGGUGAUGAAGAGAAAGGUAAAGACCUUCAUGAGUUGCCACCAAGUGAAACUACACAGGGUACUGCAUCUUCUACUCCUAAGAUAACAGAUGGAGCAGAAUACAUUUCAUCUAAUGUCAUUGUCGCUAGUGAUGAAGACAAAAUUAAAGUCUACGAUGUAACAACAAAGUUUCCAUCCAAAGACCAUGAGUUGCAACCAAUUGCACUUAUACAGAAUACAGCAUCUUCUACCCCUGAGCCAAAUAAUGGAGCAAAGUGGAUCUCAUCUAAUAUUAUUGCCUCUGGUGAUGAAGAGAACCAUGAUGUGAGCUAUGUACCUCCUCAUUGUCCAUCCAAAGAUCAUGAGCUGUCACCUAGUGCAGUUACACAGUGUAUGGUGUCUUCUAUUGCUGAGUUGAUAGAUAAAACAAAGCACAUCUCAACUAAAAUUAUUGCCACUGGAGAUGAAGAGAAAGCUAAAGUGCACUAUGUAUCACCUCAUUGUCCAUCCAAGGACCAUGAGUCCUCACCUAGUGCAAUAAUGACAGGUUUGAAUUCUCCUAUUUUUGAGUCAGUGGCAGAAGCCAAAAAUCUAGAAAGUGAAAAUGGCAGACUUUCCUUGCAUUUGCAAAGUGAAGAUAGGACAGAAGGGAUUUCCACAUCCUUAAGACCAAAGUACAUAACAGAUUUACCUGGAAAUAACAGAAAUGAAGGGCUGUUCCUCGAAGAGCAGUCCAGAAAGUGUCAGCCUUUGAUACAGAUCACUGGCCCAGAGAGUCCUCUUGUGGAGCACAUCUCAUCAAAUAUUUCUACUACUGGCAAUGAAAAAAAAGCUGAGGUACGCUUUGUACCUCUUCAAUGUCCACCCAAUGACCUUGAGUUGUUGCCUAGAGCAAUAUUGCAGGGUGUGGCAUCUCCCACUCUUCAGUCAAUAGACGGAGCAGAGCAUACAUUGUCUAACAUUAACAACAUUGACAAAGAGAAAGGUAAAGACCAGGAUGUGCAACAGAACUUUUCAUCCAAAGAGAACAAAUUGUCACCUAGUGAGAUAAUGGAGGGUAUGGGAUCUCCUACACUUGAUCCAGUGGAUGGAGCCAGAAACUUAGAGACUUUAGAUACUGUAAGACAACCCACACAUCCUGUAUAUGCUAUGUCUUCCUUUUGGAAUGAAAUGGAAAAGCUGACAAUAAAUGACAUUUUGAGACUUCGUCUGGUCAGUCAAGCCCAGCACCCGAGUGUUCUGCUCCAGCCAGAGGACAGUGGUAUUGCAGACAUUUCAGAUGCAGCGGAUUCGGGGUACUUUACUCACUUUGAUGAUUCAAAGCCAGAUCGCUCCAGCGGGGAUAUGUCAUUCAUCUCUGACUUUGACGAAGAGCUUUCACAGCUCCAGACCCAGGAGGCAGCCAAGUUAGAUGAGGGGUCUCAAGAGUCUCCAAACUCAGGAAAUGCCAUGUGGGAGAGUGAUGCAGAUCCAUCUGGAACAGGGACUGAAAUGGAGGACGUGUUCAUGCUGAGUUCAGAAACAGCCCUUCCACCACCUCUCUAUAGAGAUAAUGCUCAGCAGUGUUUUCGAAAGAUGUGCAAGAACAUUAGUGUCCAGAAUCUACAAGCUCUUGAAGCUGAACCCUUCAGAAAAAUUCUGAGGAAUGCCUCCCUGCUCUCCCUCCACUCUGUUCACUCAACUCACUCCAUUCACACAGAAGUUGAGGAUGAUUACGUAGAUCCAUUUGAUCGUGUGGAUGCUUCGUCCCCAGUCUGUCUCUCAGAUGAGGAAGAGGAGAUGGAGAGUGCUGGCAUCACUUUCUCUGAGAUCAUCCAGUAUCUGUUCGGUGGGGAUGAACCUGAAUGCUGUACCUCCACUACCGACAACACAGCUGCUUCUUAUCUUGAUGGAACUGGUACAUCUGUUCCUGAAACAUAUGAUCAUUUUUUCUCAGAGUUUGAAGGUGGAAGUUUAUUUCACCCACUUGUGGAUAACUCUAGUAGCAGUAAAGAAGAGCUGGUGCCCAUUUUCUCCUGCUCGCGCUCAGUAAACACAAAUCUCCAGUUCCCAGAGGUGUAUGAUUAUUUCUUCUCUGAUGAUUCACACUCGGAUGAGGAUGAGGACAACCAAACAGUUAUACAAGUUUUCACACGACAUGACUACAUAGAGGCCAGGAGUCACAAUGCAGUAGCAGCAUCGGAUACGUAUGAGGAACCUCCUCCUGAGACUGAUAACAGCUGGAACUUCUUAAGAAAUAACCCUCUUUCUUUUAGAAAGGUUCGUCGCUCAGACUUCACAGCUCCACCUGAGAAAUCCAGCUCUUGGGCUCUGACCCCUGUGAAAAACAGGAGGAGGUCAUUUCAGAGAGGAAUUCAGCCCAUUAAUGCCAUGGGCCCAGAUGAGAAGCCAUUUCCAGACCCACUCCUCCUCAGCCUGGAGAACCGCAUCUUUGGGCAGCUGGCAAACCAGCAGAACAUAUGCAGUGAGAUGCAGACAGCUGUUGCUGAUCCAAGAAUAGAUGCUCCACUGAUGCCACUGAAGCAGGCAGACAUGUGCUUGGUUUGCAUUGCCUUUGCCUCAUGGGUCCUGAAGUCUGCCAACCCUCAAGGAGCAGAUAUGUGGAAAGCUGCUCUGCUGGCCAAUAUAAGCGCACUUUCUGCCAUUCGAUACCUCAGGAGAUGGACGAGGGACGAGGCAGCUAAGAAAGCUCCAUUACGUCAGAUCAAGCCUGCAUAAACUACAUCGCAGCCUACUGAGCCAGACUGCCUUUCAGUCACUAGACUAUGCAUGUAGGAAAUUCAUAUGAUAUUAAUAUUUUGCUGAUACUGUGAUUUAUUGAUGUCCUUCUGUUGUUAUCAUCUGUAAAUUUGCUCAUUGCUUAUUAAUGGAUGUAUCUAUCAAUUGUAUGCAUCUUUUUAGGUGUAUGUAUUUUUAUAUGUCUUUAGGUAAGGGGCAUUAAGUUGAUCUUCAGGUGGCAUGUUUAAACCAUGCAGUACAGUAGUGACAUGACCAAAAUCCUCUAAUGAAAGGUGAUGUUUGACUGUGUCAAAACAGGUUCAGUUGUGACAAAGUGAAGCGGCAUGUGUUAAAGAGGUUUUUAGACAAGUGCACUGACUGAGACACAGAGUGUCUGAAAGAGAUUCUAUGCAAUGGAAGUAAAAGAGAGUAAUGAAGAACAGGCAGAUAAAAUGUAUGUAAUGGUGGAAUUUGGGUCCAAACACAAGAAUAUGUGGCAAAAUUAUGUACCAUUAAAACCUAAAUAUAGAACCUACAUACAUCCCCAGAUUUGAUGUCAUCUCAGAAUUUGUGAAGCAUCUACACUUGUGCAAUAUAAAGAACAGCAACUAUUAUAGGGCUAAACAUAAAUUAGCCCAGACAGUUAUAAUAUCAGUGUAUUAGUGUUUAUGUGGUGUUUACUGUACACUCUUGAGAUGGAGAAUGUGUUGUAUGUGGUUCUGUAGAAAUGUGUUGUAUAUGGUUCUAUAUAUACAUUCUCCAUCAAUCUGAAGAACCAUGUAAUAUAAUCAUUUAAGCAAGAAAUACUUCUACAUAGAGCCUGUUGUUCUACAUAGAACUUGCCUUUGCUAAUGAAUAAUCCUUUUAAAGAGUGUACAUGAUACCUGCUUUAACUAUAACUAUCAGUUGUGUCAUUAUUGUGUUUUCUCUCUCUCUCUUUCUCUCUCUUUUGUUCUUUUUCUGAGAGAGUUAGUUUUAUUUCAGUGAAAUAAAGAAGCAAUUUGAAUUACA